GAGAUACGAUCUCCUCAAGGCGAUGAUCAUCAAGCUUAUAUAAAUAGAAAAGGAUAUCCAUCAAUCCAUGUACAGAAACGCUGGAUCUGUGCACGACGCUCGAGUUUUCAGAACUUCCCCAGUAGCUCGAUAUUUUCAGAAUUCAGAAAUUUACUUUCCUAAUGACAGUCAUCUUGUUGGUGAUGCUGCCUACGGUAUCCAUCCAAAUAUGAUGGUACCAUUUAAAGACAAUGGUCAUUUGAGUCAUAGGCACAAGAACUUUAAUUUUUGUCAAUCUUCAACACGUAUUCAUAUUGAACGACUCUUUGGUACUUGGAAAGGACGUUGGAGGAGUAUUUUGGAUUGCUUGCCUAUGAUUACUUUAAAGAAAAUACCGGAAUACUUAGUAGCAACUGCAGUCUUGCAUAAUAUUUAUAUUUUGAAUAAGGAUUUAGUUGAUGUCAACGUGGUGGUAAAUCAACAUAUCCAGCGUGAUACUUUAACAUCAAGUAAAGUAGAUGAGGGCAAUAGAAAACGACAAAGGAUAAUGAACAAUUUAAUUAUGAGGCUUGUUUAAUGCGUACUUUUGUAUAAUAUAGGAACUAUAUAGGAACUCAGAGUUUUCUUGCAAUAUCGCAGAUUAACAAUAAGUGAAUAUCAUAAUAAAAAUCAAAAAACAUAAUAUCUUCCAUGUGUGUAUGUGUGUAAGAGCGAUCAAAUAAUAUCUGUUUUAACAGUUCGAACAAAUCCGCAGUUUAUACAUAGCCAUUAAAGAAAAAAAGAUACCCAAUU